AUGAGAGAUAAUAUAUAUAAAGACGUGAUUAUAGUCGUGUAUCAUUCACCAAGUGCAUCAGAUGGUGAUUUCUUGAGAUUUUUGGAGAAUGUAGUGGAUCUUAUGAUAGCGAAAAAUCAAUGCAACAAACCGACGAGGAUUACAAAAAAUAGUCAAACUCUGAUAGAUUUAGUCUUCGCAAAUACUAAGGUAGAUGAAUUUUUGUAUACAGUGGGUGAAGAAUUAGAACAAAGUAAUGAUUUAGGUAGUAUUAAGGAUAUAAUAGAAUCUGUAGGAAAUAGUGAGAGUAAAAGUAUAAAUACUAUUUAUGUUAUAGAAAAUAGAGGUGUAAUUGAAAUGUUUGAAUCGAUAAGUGUACAAAAAUUGGAACAAAUUGUUAUGGCCUUGCCACAAAAAAAAGGAACAGAUGAGGGAAUAUCUAGUGAUAUAUUAAAAAUGAGCUUACACGUGAUAAAGAAUGAACUGUUGAAGGUAAUAAAUGAUUCAUUAAUAAAGGGUAUAUGUCCGGAGGAAUGGAAAACAUCUACUAUAAUACCGAUUCCUAAGGUAGAAAAACCAAAGAAAGCAAAACACCAAUCUGGAUUUAGAAAAUGCCAUUUAUGUGAAACGGCGAUACAAAAUAUCAUUGAUGAUUGGAAGCUAAUAGUUAGUGAGGAAAAAAUGGUAGGAGUAAUAUUCCUGGAUUUAAAACGGGUAUUCGAAACGGUUGAUAGGACAAGAUUACUAGGUAAAUUAGAGCAAUAUAGAAUGAGAGGAAUGGUACUAGAGUGGUUUAAAUCAUAUUUAAGCAACAGAACGCAGCAGAUUAGAUUUAAUAAUCAGUGGUCAAAGUGUAUUAAAACGGAAUAUGGAGUUCCGCAGGGAUCG